AUGGCGUCCCAGGAGAGCCAUCUGACAGCCACACUCCUGACCUCCAUUCUGGCAGCGGUGCUCGGCUCCCUGCAGGUUGGCUACCACACAGGCAACGUCAACGCUCCCGCCAAGAUCAUUGAAGAAUUUUUCAACCACACCUGGAGAGAAAGAUACAACCAAUCGAUGUCUCAUCACAGCCUGACUCUCCUGUGGUCGCUCUCUGUCAGCAUUAAGGACUUUGGAGCCUUGCUUGGCUCGCUAGGAGUCAAGUAUCUGGCAGAUUCUUACGGCAGGCGUAACUCCAUCUUAAUAGUGAACUGUCUGUCUGUGGUGGGAGCAUGUCUGAUGUGCGCCUCCAAAUCCAGCGAGUCAUUCGAGGUUCUCAUCCUGGGACGGUUGGUGUUUGGCCUUUUCUGCGGCCUAGUGAUGAGUCUUAAUCCUCUUUACAUACAGGAAGUGUCCCCCAUAAAUCUGAGAGGGGCCUUUGCUACACUCAACCAGGUCUCCUUUGCUUCAGGCAUCCUGGUGGGAAUGGUGGCUGGUCUGGAGACAGUGUUGGGUACUGAGAAUUACUGGGCCAUGAUGCUCUCACUGUCCCUAAUCCCGGCCCUGGCACAGUACCUGCUGUUGCCUUUCUGCCCAGAAAGCCCUCGAUACUUGCUCAUCACCCGGGGAGAGGAGAGCAAGGCAGAGGCUGCUCUACUGAGACUUAGAGGAAGCUCAGACAAGGUGUUCGCUGAGCUGGAAGAGAUGAAAGAAGAAGCUGCCCACACUCAGACCGGCGUCACCAUCCACGAUUUCUUCAAGAAAUGCAGCUACAGACAGCCCAUCAUUAUCGUCCUCUUUAUCAAUUUGGGAAGCCAGCUGUCUGGAUUCAAUGCGAUCAUCAAUUAUUCAACCAGAAUGUUUCAGGCCAAAUUUGACCAGGCCAAAUACCUGACUCUGGGUGUGGGGGCAGUCAAUGUGACCUUCACUUUGGUGGCAUUCUUCCUGAUGGAAAGGGCAGGAAGGAGGAGGUUGCUACUGACUGGGUUCAUCUCCAUAGCAGUGUGCAACCUACUCAUGACUAUAGUAGAUUCUGUCUUGCACCUGGUCCCAGAGCUUCGGAGCCUGCAGGUCUUGCUGGUUUUCUGCCUGAUCUCAGCCUACGAGCUCGGCCCCGGCCCCAUCUCCUGGUUCAUCGCUGCUGAGCUGUUCGACCAGCCUGGAAGACCCAUUGCCAUGGCCUUCACCAGCAUGCUCAACUGGGGAGGGAAGUUUGUUCUGGCGCUCCUCUUUCCUCCAUUACUGAAACUCUGCGGUGCGUAUGUCUACCUCCUCUUCAUGACCGUGGCUCUGAUUGCUUUCACUUUCACCUGGAUUCGCCUCCCAGAGACAAAAGGUCGCACGUUUGACGACAUUGCAGAUGAGUUCAGAGGAGCGGAAGGCAUUCCUUUGCACAAUAAGAUUGGAUUCAACACUUUCACCUGA